AUGGAUGCAUCUUUGGAAACCUCGUCUGAGUCACCUGAACUAGGAACAGCAGCUGGUCAUCCACCAAUUGACAGAGGAGUGGCCUUAUCAGAUGCUGCAAGUGCAACCCUCCCUGCAGAGAAUAAGGAUGAGGGUCUCCAAAUGGAGGAAGAGGAGGAGGUGGAGCAUCAAGGAGAUGAUUUCAGGAAGCUGGAGGCUGGUAGAAGGAGGAGAGGUGCCUGGGGGAGGAAACAUGCUGAUACGGUGGAGGCCACUGCAUACAGAAUACUAGGGUUGGGGCGACCGCUGAUGGGCUGGAAGCGUGAGAAGAGACAGGAGGAAAGCAGCGCUCUCAUGGCUGUACUUAAGGAGCUUCAUGCUGAAAAGCGACGGCUGAUGGAUCAAGGGAAAGCAGCAGAAGAAGAAGAGGAGGAGGAUGAGGAUGAUGAUGAUGAAGAAGAAGAGGAAGAAGAAGAAGAAGAAGAAGAGGAAGAAGAAGAGGAGGAGGAGGAGGAGGAGCUAGAGGAAGAGGAAGAGGAAGAGGAAGAAGAGCCAACUGAGGUUCCCAGCAAUCAAACAGAAACACUCUCCAGCUUUACAGAGUCUCCUCUCAGCGGGUGUCAGACUGCUGACAGAGAAAUCAGCUGCAGGGGCACUGGCCUUACUCGCCUGCCAAUCAUCCACAACCUGCUGGCCACAAAUCUGGACAUGGCAGAGAAUAACAUCAGAAUCAUCACUCCAGAAGAGUUCUCUGGUGUGCCAAACCUCGACACACUGGACCUGAGCAAAAACAAACUGGAAGAUGAUUCAUUCAGCCAAAACCCCUUUUCAAACUUGACCUUUCUGAAGAAGCUGAACCUAGAUGGCAACCAGCUUACCAGGAUCCCAUCGCUGCCUCCAUCGCUGGAGGAGCUCAAGAUGAACAACAAUAAGCUCAGCACACUCAGCCCUCAGUGUUUCAAAGGGUUGACAAGCCUGUUAAAUCUGGAGCUGGAGGAGAACACUCUCCAUGAGGGCAGCGUGUCACCUCAGGCCUUCAGACCACUAAAGAGCCUUCUGGACCUCCAGCUGGACAACAACCUCUUCCGUUCCCUCCCUCUGGGCCUACCUCCCUCUAUUCAGGAACUGGAGAUAAAUGAAAAUCUGAUUGAGAAGGUGACAGAUGAGGCACUGAGGAGCUGCGUCAAUUUGACAGUCCUGGACCUGAGUCACAACCUGCUGCAUGAGCGAGGCAUCACCGCCCACGCUUGGGCACGUCUCCGGCCCCAUUAUUUCUUCCCCCUGCUGCUCCCCAUGAUCCCCCUGCAGCCUAGCCUCCACUCUCCUGGCUCCCCAACAGUGCCAUGCAGGAGUCCAGUCACUAUAAAACAUCAAGUGUUCAGCUAA